UACAAUAUAAUACUGGUUUCGUUUACCCCAGCAACGAUCUCUGUUCAUGCGACGUAAGCAUUUGAAAACGAACUCUGCUAUAUGAUACACGUGAAUUAAUUCAUAGCCUAACAAGAAUUACAACAAUAUUGCAGGCUGGGACAAUGCGCAAUGGCUUCUUACGCGCAUGUUGCAGUUCUUCUAUCGCUUUUAGUGACAACGGGUGUUUCUCAAAGCUGUAAUCGUAUAUUUGAUAGUGAAGAUUGUGUUUAUGACGUAUUUUAUUCUUCUCGAUGUGAUAUGUCAAUUUACAGCUUCCAAAUUGGGAAUUUGGAAUAUGACAUAGAUAGGAACUGCCAAUACCAUUCCUAUAAUGGAUACGUACCCAUAAAGCUACAGAUUAUAGACACUGGGAGAAAUAAUUUUAUGGAACAAUUUAACAAUAUUGAUACAAAUAUUAUUAAUCUAAUUAUCGCUCUCAAUAUGAGCCAUAAUGAAUAUUAUAUACAAGAGCCAAAUUUGAUUGCAAUGCGAAAUCUUGCAACAUUGGAUGUAUCUUCGAAUCAUUUAGCGAUUGCUAAAUUAACUAAUACGAACGAACUCCCAUCACUAACUAGCAUUAAUUUAUCCAAUAACAUAAUAAAAAAAAUUGAUGUAUCAAGUGGCGAGUAUGUUUAUGAACGACUGACACAUAUCGAUUUGUCACAUAAUUAUUUAGUAAGCCUACCUGACGCUAUCUUCCAUCGAUUUAGGGAAUUAGAAUACCUAGAUCUUUCGUAUAAUUACAUCGACGCUGUAACCCCAAUCACGUUCGAAGGCUGUCAAAAUUUGUUGUAUUUAAAUAUGACGCAUAACAGAAUCUCCGAUAUCAAUUCUUCACUUAUUAGGUUUAGUAAAUUAAUAACACUCAGCUUUAAAAAUAACAAAUUAUACGAAGUUAAACGGUCGGAUUUAGAUAGCCUAACAAAUUUAAAGCGCCUCGACCUGAGUUCAAAUUCGAUAGCAAAUUUGGAUGCAAACGCAUUUGAUAAUAUGAAUUUAUUAACGAGUUUAGAUUUGAGCGGGAAUCAGUUGAAGACAAUAGCUAAACAGAUGUUUGCAAACUUAAACGAUUUAAAGGAAAUUAAUCUUGCAGGGAACCAUUUUUUGGUACUACCACGAGGAAUAUUCAAAGGGAAAACUGUGUCCUCAUUUUUAAUACAAGAUAAUGCCUUAACGGGGUCAAUUGUAAGGGGUACCUUUGAAGGUCUACAAUAUGUAACACAGCUGGAUUUAGGCAAUCAACAAUUGUCGACCAUAGAAGAUUACGCAUUUUUCGGGUUGGAAAAUGUACAAAAAAUUCUUCUUAAUAAUAAUAAUAUACAGUCACUAUCUAAAAAUUGUUUUAAAUUACUGCAACAUUUGUAUGAACUGGAUUUAUCGGACAACAGAAUUACAAAUUUAGACUUCAACAAAGAUGAUCUUGCUAAUUUACAAUCUCUGUUGUUAAGAAAUAACCAUAUAACUGAAGUGAGAUUCGAAUACUUUCACAAUUUAAAUUCACUACAGUUCUUAGAUCUUUCAUACAAUAAUAUUUCUCAUUUAGACACAGAUUCAUUCAAGUCGUUAAAGGAAUUAACAAAUUUUGAAAUAUCCAACAAUCCGUUAAGUGGAGCGUUAGAAGAAAACACGUUUGAAGGACUAAAUUCUUUGCCCAGUCUGGACAUAUCUCGUAGUAUGUUGACCGCCAUUUGUAACAACUCUUUUAUGAGUAUGAUACAGCUUAGAGAUCUGAAUGUGUCCUAUAGUAAAAUUAAUGAGCUGCAAUACAAUGCCUUCCACAAAACCGGUGCUAUUCAAUCGAUAGAUCUCUCAUUCAAUCAAUUAGACGUGUUUAAUGUUAAUGCUACUGAAUUGACUGGUCUACGCACUUUGUUUCUGGAUGGAAAUCGUCUAACCAUCAUUGGCAAGGACACACUGCGCGGGUUUAUUAAUCUAAUUAAGAUAUCAUUCUCAAAUAACAAUCUAUUAAAUGUAGACGAUGACGCAUUUACUGAUCAGAAAGAUUUACGAAGUUUAGAUUUAUCUUACAAUCCACAUUUGAACUUAAACGUGUCAGCUGUCCGCACAAAUUAUAAUUUAAACAAUCUCUAUUUGAAAGGUAUAACAUGUGCACUUAAUUUAACAUACGCUAGCAAUAUUCCAAUAUUCACUAUAGACAUUUCUUAUGCGAAACUAAAGGCUACACAGACAUUAAAUCUGCAACAAUUAACACAUCUUGACAGUCUUGUGUUAAAUAAUAACAAUAUAGUGAAGCUGAAUGUUACAUCGUUUGCAAAUUUAAAAACUCUCAGAAAACUAGAUGUGAGUUAUAACAAAAUUAAAUUUAUACAACCAGGGACUUUUUUGGAUAAUACACUGUUGCAUACACUAAAUAUAUCACAUAACGCUUUGACCACUCUCGGUUAUGGGAUAUUUCGUCGUUUAACCUAUUUACAUACCUUAGAUAUGUCAUUCAAUGAAAUCGACAGCUUGCAAAAUGAAAGAUUUUACGAAGUAAGUAGUUUAAGUGUUCUAAUAGCUGACCAUAACAGAGGUACCAGCUUAAGUACCUUGAGUAUUGGAGAAAAUCCAAUACCUUGUGACUUGCUGGUCAAUUUAAGAGAUAAAAACUUGCCAUUUGAGAUAACGGCAAUUAGAUUGGAAGAGACAAGUGACUAUGACAAUAUUCACGGGGUCAUUUGUAACGGAAACACCAAAGCUCACACCGCGUUGCUUAGUGAUAAACAUGAUAAUGAAGAGGGUAACAAAAUAUUGAUUGAUAUUAGAGACAUAUUGUUAAGAAAUAAUAAAAUCACUGAAAACAAAGACACUAACAUGCAACCAAGGGAGGAAACAAAAUAUGAAGAAGAUAAUAAUUCCAAAUUAUUCAAUAUGUCGAAUACAAUUGAAAAAAUUGCAAAUAACAUUUACAGAUUUGAAUCUAACGUGGGUAAUAUUACCUCUCAAAUACUUAAUGAAAAUAACCUGACUAAUUCACUAUUAGGAAAAAUUUCAAAAUUUCUCUCUACGCACUGGCAUGCAAUUUACACACCCGUGAAAGAAAACGGAAGCCAAUCGCUCAUGCCUUAUAUAGAGGCCGUAAAAAGUGAUCUUGAAAAUUCUAUAGCUGAGGGAAAAGAAAAAAUGGACGAGAUGAAUAAAAAAAUUGCUAUUAUAAACUCCGAGAUAAAUUCUAUGCGUAUAAAUGACGCGCCAAAACACGAGAAGUAUGUUGCUACUGAAUCCCAUACACAAACCGAAUCGUUGUUCACAAAAACUUGCCUCGCGUUAAUUCUUUCAAUAUUAGUGUGUAUAAUUUUAUAUAAAUUUUAUAAAUCACGUAUGUUUAUAAGAAAUCGUUUGUCUAUAAGUACUCGUGAGCUUCCGGGAGCUAUGGAACACUCGGCAUUAUGAAUUAUUACAUGUUUCAAAACAUUUGCAUUUUGUCCGACUUUCAUACUAAUAGCCAAAAUGCUAUUCAACCAGUGUUUAAUAGUUUUUUACUUUUUACCUUGAGACAAUAUUUUAAGAGACAGAGAUAGCGAACAAACGUAUUAGAUUAUAGCUUAUUAUAAAAGAAAUAGUAAUAUAAAAUAUUUAGUUUUUAAAUUGUUUUAUAUUUUUGGGAUAUAAUAUUGUAUACGUAGUACUAAAGUGGAGAAUAUAUUACAGAACUUAGGUUAUGUAUUGUUUUAGUAUAAUAAUAUGAAUUACUAAAGAAUUAUAUACUUAAUAUGCAAAAUAAAUGUGAAUUCAUUUAUGUACUAUUAUUAUUUGACGGUGUUGCGACUUUUAUGGAUUCAUCAGUUUUUCCUUUUGAAGCCUAACUUCGACUAUCAAUGUAAGUAGGUUAUAUAAGUACUAACAUAAGUCGCUUUAUAAUAAAUAUUUGUUUGAGAA